AUGAGCAAACUCUCAAAAAAUCUUACAAAGGAGAAAAAGAAAAAGGUCACAAAGCGGAUGCUGGCUGAAGCGAGUGCCGUCCCAGAAAUUGACGCGAAAUAUGUGCGUACUGAAUCGCCUCUAGCGGGACAUACGGUAUGUGUUCUGUUCGGGACCGACGAGCGACUACGCAAGCGACUGAUGGAGAUCUUGAAGAAGUUUGGAGCGAAUGUCGUCGCGAAUCCAGUAGAUGAAAUGAGUCUGGCGGUCGCGACAACUGACAAACAUGUCAAGACUCGAGCUGAAGUCAAAGCCGGGAUGGUGACAGUGGUCCGUGCCAAGUGGGUACUCAGAUGUGAGGAGCAGGGCAGAGUAGUUCCGUGGUAA